AUGGACUGUAGCUGCGUCUCCGACCUUCUCUUCGCCCCGCCCGCCCUGCCGGCUCUCUGGACCCCCGGGUUUGCCUUCCCGGAUUGGGCCUACAAGCCGGAGUCGUCCCCUGGCUCGAGGCAGAUCCAGCUGUGGCACUUUAUCCUGGAGCUGCUGCAGAAGGAGGAGUACCAGGGGGUCAUCGCCUGGCAGGGGGACUACGGGGAAUUCGUCAUCAAGGACCCCGAUGAAGUGGCUCGGCUCUGGGGCAUCCGCAAGUGCAAGCCCCACAUGAAUUAUGACAAGCUGAGCCGGGCCCUGCGCUACUACUACAACAAGCGGAUUCUCCAUAAGACCAAAGGGAAGAGGUUCACCUACAAGUUCAACUUCAGCAAAGUCGUGCUUGUCAAUUACCCACUGUUGGAUGUGGCAGCAGCCACCACAGGCUCCCCACUCUUGCUGACCCCUGGUCCCUUUGGGGGGACCUCUGGGGCAGAUGCUCCUCCCCUUACUCCCGAGACCUUGCAGACCCUGUUCUCAGCCCCUCGCCUGGGAGAGCCAGGGGCCAGGGCGCCCCUGUUCACCCCUGAGAUGGACAAGCUGCGUCUGGACAGCCCUUUCCCGUUCCUGGGCUCCGGUGCCACUGGCUAUUCCAAGCCCCCCGGCCUGCUGGGUCCUUACAGCCGCGCCUUCCCAGACUACCCCUGGAACUUUAACCCGUACCUCACCGGCCCCUUCCCUAAGCUGCCCCCCUCUCUGUACCCCCCCCACUUCUACCCCAACCCUCUGGCCAGUUCCCUGGGCCACCUGCCCUCGGCAGGGGCCGGGGGAGGCCCUACAGCUUCGCCCCUACUGGCUGCGGCGGGGGAGGGCCUGGGCCCCGAGCGCCCCUCGGGCCUGGCAGCAGCCCCUCGCCUGGCACUGCCGGGAGCCGGGGGUCCAGAGGCCGCGCUGGGCGGGAAGGACGACAGCGACUCGGAGCUGGAGAUCACGGACGUCAGCGGCUGCAGCUCUGACAGCGAGGGUGACGAGGGCCUCCCUGUGCCCCCCAAGGCCAAGGCGAGCAAAGGGGGGAUCGGCAGCUGA